AACAUCAUUACGCGCCACUUUUCAGCCUUUCAAUGAUUUACUGUGAUUAUAUUCAGCUUUACUUUGCGUGGCUGUAUAUAGUUUUUGCCUUUGCACGCCUGCGCCCCUUAAUUUUCUGCGAUAACUCAAGGGAGAUGUACUUGAAGUAUGUUGCAUAGUGUUUCAAGUUGCUGAGGGCGUACGGAGGUGAAGUAGAGGGACACGUGUUGUGCAGCGGAGCGAACACGCACAGCAGCAGGAAGCAAGACGACGCGCAGAGGAUGACUGCGCAGCCCGGGAUAGGCUCCCUCCUCCCGGGAUGUGACUCCGGCUGCAGCAGCAGCAGCAGCCUCGCCGCCCUCUCCGACCUCCAGCCUCCUGCUCACGUGACGCAGAUUAAGUUGAAGCGGAACGCGGUGACUGACGACUAUAGGAUCACCUCGCAGGUUCUCGGCCUGGGAAUCAAUGGCAAAGUGUUCGAAUGCUUCUGCAAGAAGACUGGACACAAGUGCGCCCUCAAGAUCUUGUAUGACACACCUAAAGCCCGCCGUGAGGUGGAGCUGCACGGAAGGGUUUCUGGUGGUCCGCACGUGGUCCGGAUCCUCAGCCUUUAUGAAAACAUGUACAAGGGGAAGAAGUGUCUCCUCAUUGUGAUGGAGUGCAUGGAGGGAGGCGAGCUGUUCUGUCGCAUUCAGGCCAGAGGGGACCAGGCUUUCACUGAGAGAGAGGCAUCAGGGAUCAUGCGUGACAUCGGCUCGGCCAUCGAGUACAUCCACCUCAUGGACAUCGCUCACAGGGAUGUAAAACCUGAAAACCUGCUCUACAGCACCAAGGAGAGUAACGCAUCCCUCAAACUGACAGACUUUGGCUUCGCAAAGGAGACCACUGUGCACAAUUCCCUCCAAACUCCCUGUUACACUCCUUAUUAUGUCGCGCCUGAAGUGCUCGGCCCGGAGAAAUACGACAAGUCAUGUGACAUGUGGUCUCUGGGCGUCGUCAUGUACAUUCUGCUGUGUGGAUUCCCACCUUUCUACUCCAACACAGGCCAAGCCGUCUCACCUGGGAUGAAGCAGCGGAUCAGACUUGGACAAUACAAAUUCCCCAACCCUGAGUGGGCAGAGGUUUCAGAGGAGGUUUUGGUGUUGUCGUCCGCAGCCAAGCAGCUCAUCAUCCAGCUCCUGAAGACCGACCCCAAUGAAAGGAUGACCAUCGGUCAGUUCAUGAGCCACCCUUGGAUAAGCCAGUCCAUGGUGGUCCCACUCACUCCUCUCCACACUUCUCGUGUUCUGAUGGAGGACAAGGAGCUGUGGGAUGAUGUCAAGGAGGAAAUGACCAGUGCCUUGGCUACAAUGCGUGUUGACUAUGAACAGGUGAGGAUUAAAGACCUGGACACGUCCAACAACCCUCUGCUCAACAAAAGACGCAAGAGGCCUCUGCCUACAGAAGAUUAAGCUCAUUUUAAUAGUAAUACACAUAUUCCUUUUUCUGACCAGGAGAAAUGAUUAUAACCAUACAACUAUAUAAUUACAAUAUAGGGUGUUCCCCAAACAAAUGACACCAUUUUGUAGUCUAAUAACAAGGGGCAGCUGGUCAGUAGAGGGCUCUAGGGCGCUGCCCCACCACAUUACAUUUCUUGAAGACCGUAAAGUCAAUAAAAAUGCAAAUAUUUCAAAAUAUAUGUCUAUCUAUUUUUAAGAUGAGCAGGGUAAAUAGUGUAUCAUUUAUGAUGAGUAAAGCUGUUGUUUGUUUUUUUACUAAUUUGGCGACACAUUACUGGUCUGGGGCACACAAAUCUGUAUCCAUUGACUCUCGUUAAAGGUUUGACAUGCACAGUCACUCCUCUUCAAUGCAGUAGAUAGCGCGCCAACGUCACAUUCGACUGUCAUAGCUCGGUCUCUGUGCACGCUGCACUUCCGCAUUCCGUGUUGGGAUGUCAUCAUUACUUCUCAUUGUACCGCUGCAAUUUUAAAGCUAAGGCCCGGUACACACAUAAAUACAGUCGGCCUGUUUUUGUGCUGAUUCUGCCCCUUCCCGACCUCACACGUCAAACGCCACACAAAACAGGUUGGGGCCGACAAUUUAAAAAAAAUGAACUCGGUCAAUAUGUGUGACCAAAACUCUUCAUGUGUGCGGGGAACGCCGUCUUCUACCGAGUCAUGACGCCGAGAUUGGUGACGUGGAACAGAACAGAACAGAAUGUAGCCAAUCAAAAAGCACCCAAGACUGACAAGUACUGAAGCGACCGUAAAUGAAAACAAAAAAUGUCUUACCCGAUGUCGUUUUAUGGAGAAAAGGGGGUUCCUCAGACAGCAAGAAGUAUUUUCCAAAGCUAGUCGUUUUGGAGAACACCACCAUUUUACAAGGUAACCGUCGGGAACACUCAGGAAACAUCGGCGCAUAUCCGGAAGUGUUUCUUCUUUGGUUUUGUGAGCUCAUGUGUGAUCACGCGAGACUUCGAGAUCAGCAGGAGACCAGAAUCUUUAUGUGUGUGGUCUGCUGUGUUGAGAUACUCGGGGCACAUCACACACAUGACGACCAAAACUGUUGAAUGCCCAAUUUUUUAUCUUUAUGUUUGCGGUCAGCAGCAGAUAAAAAAAAAAAAAAAAAACAUUUUAAGUGUGGAUAAAUAUUUGUGUGUACCAGGCCUAAGUUUGCUAACAUUACUUACUCGCUUACGCUCAUGCUUACUUAGUGUGGUACUCAUGUAAUGGAUGCUCGCUCACGCUGUCCAUGAGUACAGUACGUAGUCAAAUCACACUCCUGCCUUAUUAAGAGUGGCUAUAUGUGGAGAAAACUCCCCUACCCGCCACUGCUAAUAACACAGCCAGUUCUCUCUACAAAUGAUCUUACAAUUUAACGAGAUAGAUAGAUGUAAGUUAAAUGUUUUACUUUUGUGUUCAAGGUGAAGAAUGACACUAGCAACGAAAAGGCAUUUUGUGUGUUAGAAUAUGUUCUGACACAGUCAAACAAGAGUGUGCAGCAUGCAUUUUUGAAGAAAUUCAACAAUUACAUCACUAGCAAAGUAAAUUUGGACAUGGUACAAAAAAGAAAGAAGAAAAGCUGUAAUGUACAAGAGGUGCUCAUCUUGAUUAUUAUUUUUUAUUUGUGAAGCUUAGUAAAAUUGUUCAGAAAAUCUGUUUCUGGAAUUUUGAUGAAUAAAUCUUCUAUUUAAUUUUUGAAUGCCCGGGGCUUGUAGUUGCUCAGAUAUUCACAUUUCAAAUGAUGUCAAUUUUUGGGGAACACCCAAUAUAUUAGUCAUGAUAACAUAAUACAACUAUGACAGAGAGAUAGUAUUGUAUAUCAGCCAUUACAUAUAUGAAUAUUUAGGGGAUUCUAUUUAAUGUCAUGAAUGUAAAGCUACUAUAUAUAUAUAUAUAUAUAUAUAUACAGUGCAGUAUUUCAAAUAAAAUUAAACUUUUAAUGUUUUAUAACUCCAUCAGAUCUCUCUUGUACAUAAAACCUCAUAGAGUAUAAUGCAACCUAAAUGUAUAAUGUGAUCAUUUCUUCUGGCUGUAGUGGUUCUGGUUAAUAAUAAUGGUAUGGUAGUUUGUCUAUAUGUUUACUAUGUUUGGCUGGCAACCAGUCCAAGGUUCUUGCUGAGGAGAAACAGCUGCAGGUGAGACAUCAAGGAUGAACUUGAAGUCAGAUACUGAGGUACCACAAAGAUCCAGCCUGGAGGAGAUUGACCAUGUGGUGGAAAGAACCAUUAAUGGACCUCAAAAGUCUUUGUCAGCUGUCAUGACAGUACAGUAUGUCUACAUUCCAGGGUCUACUUUAUAGAACAUGUUGCACUGGACUUGAAUGCAAACCUUAUUCCAGAUAUCCAGAUGAAGCGGGGUGCACUCAUUCUGACAAUUGGAAGACAUUUGGGAAUUGUUUUCCCCCCUUGCUAUCAAAGUCAGGAAAGGCCUGAUUAUCAGAUGUCUCUGAAAGAGUAGCCUGUGCGAUUGUCCUGUGUUGUGGGGUCGAGGCAGACACGGAAUGUUGACUCCCACUUCCUCCCAAUCCCAAGUGAAUAUUUUUUUUUUUAAAUCCUGCCAUAUCCUGAGUGUUUUCAAAAAAUCUCAACCAAUCCCGAGUUUAUGAAAAACAUCUCGCUCCCACAGAGAUUGAGCCCAAUCCCGAGCCAAAACUUUACAGACUCCCACUAUCUUUUUUAACUCCCAGGCAAUCCUGCUCUGUUUUUCCUCCACGGUAUAAAAUAUGCAAUACGUCUGCCUUAGUCACGGUAAUAAAUACAUUGAAUUACCGGAAUAAUCAAGAAACAAAACAUAAAUUAUCAACAAAAGUUGUAUUGCUCCCUUAGUUUAGCUGUGUUUAGCUCAAUGCUGAGGAGAAACGUUCAAAUAUCAAUUUCACACCGCAGCCUCUAAAUCACUUUAAUAACACUCCAUUUUGCUCUUAUCAUUCUUUUCACGACUGCAUGCACGCCAGUGGCACAAUAACAACGGCAUGCACUGUUCCUUUGAUUUGGCAAUUUACCUUUUAGUAACAAUAGUUUUUUUAAUGGUCUAUACAUAAAAAUGUAUUUAGUUGAGAUUAAUAAUUUUAUUUACUUUAACCAUCCUGUAAUGUGGGUCAAACUGGCCUGUUCUACGGUUUUAAAAUCUAGAGAUAAAUAUAUGAAGGGAUUGCUGGCCUUAUUUUUUUUAUAGUUUUCUUUUAAGUGGUAUACUUUCCUUUUACAUCAAAGACACAAGCAUAGAAAGGAUAACCUGGCAAAAUAACAAUACAAUGCAAAAUAAAGAUGAUUCUGAUUCUGAUAUUUAAUAAAAUCAGUGUUUUUGGGGAAAAUACCGCUUUCCUAUUUUUGGCCUAUUGUUUCAAUAUUCUUAAUGUGGGUAACUUUUUAAAUAUUAAAAAAAAAUUCAAAUUGAGGCCAGCAGAAGCAUUAUUGUGCUUAAUUUUGUUUUUUGUUUUUUUUACCGAAUAUCUUUUUCUAGAUUUUUUUUUUUUUUAACUGCUCAGUUUGACCCAAAAUAUAACAAAUAAUUCAACUUAAUACAUAUGUUAGCUUGCGUUUCAUAUUCGUAAAAAUAAAAGAUGCAAAAUCUUCUUCAUGCAAGAUGAUUAUUAUACAUGAUUAUUGCACAGAUGUGCCUUGGCCUGGCCACGCUACAAGUUUGCAACACAAUGCCAAAUAUGUCAUGAAUGUAAUGAGGGAGUGUGUGAUAGCACUUCAGGAAUAGCCAGACUUUGGUGAUAAUGAGUCACAUUUAUCAGAUGACAUUUUGCAAGGAUCUGUACACAAACCCAAGAAGCUAAAAAAUAGUUUUAUAUUGUCAGUUUAACUAUUGAGAAUGCUUAAGAGACCAGCAAACAUAACAGUCAUGCAGGUUGGUCGAGUGGAUCAGUAUUCCACAGGUCUCAAUCGAUAACCAGUCAAGUCCAUGUGGAGCAGAGUUCAGUACCCAAAGAUGGUGUUUUUGUUAGCUAAGAUGCACAUUGUAGAGGAUCCGUAGCGUGCUUUGCAUGUGAGGAAUCAGAUAUUUUUCUUCAUAUCAGGGAAAUGGAAGAAAAAUACAAGUUUGAUUGUUUGUUUUUCAGUACAGGGAGUAGUGCAAAGUGUCUGUGGUGCCAUACUGUACAUGGAGAUGUUUGAAAUGCAGGCAAGCCAGUCAAACACCUGCACUUUCCUAUGAUGAAACAGCAGUGUCAGGAAUGCGUUUGUUAAAAUUAUUAGAAGGGAUGUUGUUGUUUUGAAAGCAGCUUCUAGUCGAUGUUAAUAAAGCCCUCACAGAGGUCCAAGUUAUCAACAAACUGGUCCCGACUUGUUGUUGGUAACUAAAUCUGAAUUGGCCUUUUUGUGUUUGAAGUUCAGUGUCCAUUUUGGUCAGUUUUCUUCCUAAAAACAAUGUCUUGAGAAUGCCAAAGAAUGAAUGAUUUUGUUGUUAAAAUAAACAAUGUUCCAUAUUCAUUUCA